GAACGUUCACGUUAGCGCCAGUGUAAACGCUAUAAAUGGUGUGUGAAGAGGAUUUUUAUUUUUAGCAUUAAUUAAAAGUGUAACCUGUGAGUUUGGAUGGUUUUUCGUUGAUGAAAUUUGAAAAUCGCGGUUAAAGUUUAGUGCGGGAUUUUGAUAAAGUCGCAAACUUCACGUUGGUAACAAAUUGAUGCGAGAUAAGGCGAUUUUACACUGUUGUGUUUUGCUAGUUUUCUAGACAUUUCGAAGAUUUAUUUAAUUAACUUUCGCUUAAUGAGUUUUUAGUGUUGGUGCGGCUGUGGCUUAGCGUAUUCAUGUUACAAAUUUGGACAACGUAAGUGUGCAGUAGAUGUGGGAAUAUUAUGAAGGCGAACUGACAAAAAAUCUUUCACAGACAUGGCUGCAAGUAGAAAAUUACAAGGAGAGAUCGACCGUUGUUUGAAAAAGGUUACCGAGGGCGUUGAAACUUUCCACGAUAUUUGGCAAAAGGUGCAGAAUGCCACUAAUGCUAACCAAAAGGAGAAAUAUGAGGCUGACCUUAAGAAGGAGAUCAAGAAGCUUCAGAGGCUUCGUGACCAGAUCAAGAGCUGGAUCGCCUCUGCCGAAAUCAAAGACAAAAGUCUUCUUAUGGAUAAUAGGAAACUUAUAGAACAGCAAAUGGAAAAGUUUAAAGUGGUAGAACGUGAAACGAAAACGAAAGCGUACUCAAAAGAAGGACUCGGAGCUGCACAAAAGCUGGACCCUGUGCAAAAAGAACGGGACGAGAUACAAAAGUGGCUUAAAGAUUCGAUAAGUACUUUAAGUUCUCAAUGUGAUACAUUAGAAUGUGAAAUAGAGUCGAUAUUAGCAAAUAAGAAAAAGAAACUAGAUAAGGACAAACAGGAGCGGGUUGAUGUGAAUAAGAACCGGCUAGAGCGGCAUCGGUUUCAUAUAAAAAAAUUGGAAACGUUGCUGCGAAUGUUAGACAACAUGUCUGUGGAGGUUCCACAAAUCAAAGCGAUAAAAGAGGAUGUUGAUUUCUAUUUGGAAUCGUCGCAAGAAAUUGAUUUUGAAGAGAACGAGUACAUUUAUGAUGAUAUCGUUGGUUUGGACGACGUCGAACUUUCCGGCGUUGGACUUCCUUCGUCAGCGACGACGGACAGCAACGAGACGGGCGGCACACCGACGUCCAUCAUUUCCGGUUCGUCGCCGAUUCCAUCACCUUCGUUAAGCAUACCAUUGCAUAAUCAUUCCAGUGAUAGUUUGAAUGAAGACAAAAAAAAUGCCUAUAAUAAGCCCAUUAAACCGAUGGCGGUGCGUGCAUCAAGUACAACAAUGAAUAGCAGUUCAAAUUCCCUGUUGAACUCAAGUGUAAACAGUACGAUAUCAACGCCAAACAACAAAGUGAACCUUGUGAGCAGUACACCAAGCAAACAAACGGCGAGGGAAAUUACUAAUCCAUCACCCGUUUGUCCCGUUUCAACGGCGGGAAAUUUUGCUGCUGUUACGGCAAAUAAUCCAUCUUCCAAAUCUACCACAAUAAAUGCUGAAAAUGCUCCGGUAUCUGUGAUAGCGAUCAACAACCAGGCGCAACAAGUGCCCCUUUCGACGGCGAUAACAACGAAUGCGAUGACGGUGGCGGUAACGACGGUGCAUCAUCAUCAACCGCCGACGCAGUUACUACAGCAGCCGACGUCGAUUCAAAUUCAAAACUCCAAUAAUACGAACGCGAAGAUCUCAAACGCGAUGGAACAACACCAUCAACAGCCCAAUAACUCAACCAAUAAUAGCAGUAACAACAGCAACAGUAAUAACUGCUCGAGUCCGAUCUCUUCAACGGUGAGCAGUCGGACAUCACCGACGCUCAAUAAUACCAUUGAUGUCAUUGUACCUAAUAUUACACAACCUAUUAUGAAUGGUCCAGUUCUAGAGAAUAAGAAUGAUGGAAUGUCUUCGUUAAAAAAGAUAGCUCAACAAGUGUUAGAUCGAGCUGGAUUAGACAAUGAUCAACAAGCAGUACUGGAGGUAACAAACAAGACACAAAAUUCUGGUAAAUCAGAAGCACAAAUACCACCGUUGUUGGGAGUGGCACCGUUAGGAGCGGUGCCAUUGUUAAAAGAACACCAAGGGCAAUUUCAAAUGAUGGAAGCGGCGUUCUACCAUAUGCCACAUCCGUCUGAUUCGGAGCGAGUUCGAACGUAUCUGCCUCGGACACAGUUUUUGACACCGUCAUAUUACAUUCAAUCACCAUUGCCACAUUCGGAUUCUCUCGAAUUCUAUCAACGUCUCGGUACGGAGACUUUAUUUUUCGUGUUCUAUUACAUGGAGGGCACGAAGGCGCAGUACCUGGCGGCGAAGGCACUCAAGAAGCAGAGCUGGAGGUUUCACACCAAGUACAUGAUGUGGUUUCAGCGACACGAGGAGCCAAAAGUCAUUAAUGAAGAGUACGAACAGGGCACGUACAUUUACUUCGAUUACGAAAAGUGGGGCCAACGCAAGAAGGAAGGUUUUACAUUUGAAUAUAAGUACUUAGAAGAUAGAGACUUGAACUGAGUAAAAUAUAUUCUUGCAAUAUGUUUUCUUUAUUUUCGAUUUUUGAAUAAGUGAUAAACAAAACAAACCCAAAUUGAUUACUACGGACCGGGCGGCGAGAAAGUGAAUAACCGAGAUGUUUUUAAGAGGAAUAAAAGUAAUUGUGGAAAAAAAUGUUGUGACCUUCUCACAAAAAAAAUAAACAAAGCGCAGUUUUCAUUGUUUGAAAAAAGAGGCGACGUUUCAUCGUGAACUCGGCGUCUUUUUUUAUUUUAUAAUGUACAAAAACAAGUUUAAUUAAUAUAUUAUAUAUUGCUAGUAUAAAUUAA